GGGCGGGCGGCGGGGAGGGAGGAGAAGGGAGGCAAGAAAGUAGCAAAAGUGAGGCUGGCAGCCGGCGGCAAAGGAGCGGGUCGAGCGGCGGCGGCGGCAGGAAGUCUGUGCCCGAGACGAGCAGAAAUUAGAGCCAGGGAGGGACCGCGGCGGCGGCGAGAGUGAAAGAGGAAACUGCAGAAGAGGAAGCUCUGCCGCAGCACAAAGUCUCCUCCGGCUCCCGCGCCGAGCAUCCCCGCGCGCCCGCCCCAGCCCUCCGGGACCGGCUCGCCGCCGCUGCCUGCGCCCCUGUUGCCGGGCGCCCCCUCCUCAGCGCGCCCACCCCGGCCCCACGCGCCCCGGCCGCGCCGCCUCGCCGCCCUCCGCACACGUCGCCCUCGUCUGCCAUGGCCCGGGAGAACGGCGAGAGCAGCUCCUCCUGGAAAAAGCAAGCUGAAGACAUAAAGAAGAUUUUCGAGUUCAAGGAGACCCUCGGAACCGGGGCAUUUUCUGAAGUGGUCUUAGCUGAAGAGAAGGCCAGUGGCAGACUCUUUGCAGUGAAAUGCAUCCCCAAGAAGGCGCUGAAGGGCAAGGAGAGCAGCAUAGAGAACGAGAUCGCUGUUCUGAGAAAGAUUAAGCAUGAAAACAUUGUCGCUCUGGAGGACAUUUACGAAAGCCCCAAUCACUUGUACUUGGUCAUGCAGCUUGUAUCUGGUGGAGAGCUGUUUGAUCGGAUAGUGGAGAAAGGAUUUUACACAGAGAAGGACGCCAGCACUCUGAUCCGCCAGGUGUUGGAUGCUGUCUACUAUCUCCAUAGAAUGGGCAUUGUCCACAGGGACCUCAAGCCUGAAAAUCUGUUGUACUACAGUCAAGAUGAGGAAUCCAAAAUAAUGAUCAGUGACUUCGGAUUGUCAAAAAUGGAGGGCAAAGGAGAUGUGAUGUCCACAGCCUGUGGGACCCCGGGCUAUGUCGCUCCUGAGGUCCUGGCCCAGAAACCAUACAGCAAGGCUGUUGACUGCUGGUCCAUCGGAGUGAUUGCCUAUAUUUUGCUCUGUGGCUACCCUCCUUUUUAUGAUGAAAAUGAUUCCAAGCUCUUCGAACAGAUCCUCAAGGCAGAAUAUGAGUUCGACUCCCCUUACUGGGAUGACAUCUCCGACUCUGCAAAAGACUUCAUCCGGAACCUGAUGGAGAAAGAUCCAAAUAAAAGAUACACUUGUGAGCAAGCCGCUCGGCACCCAUGGAUCGCUGGGGACACAGCCCUCAACAAAAACAUCCAUGAGUCUGUCAGUGCCCAGAUCCGGAAGAACUUCGCAAAAAGCAAAUGGAGACAAGCUUUCAAUGCCACGGCCGUUGUGAGGCAUAUGAGGAAGCUUCAUCUUGGCAGCAGCCUGGAUAGCUCAAACGCAGGUGUUUCCAGCAGCCUCAGCUUGGCCAGCCAAAAAGAUUGUCUGGCACCCUCCACACUCUGUAGUCUCGUUUCUUCUUCAUCGGGGGUCCCUGGAGUGGGGGCGGAGCGGAGACCGAGGCCCACCACUGUGACCACAGUGCACUCUGGAAGCAAGUGACUGGCUCUGGAGGCGGGGCCCCAGGGGGCGGGGCCAGGGAAGGGGGCCUCCAGCGCCCGCAGCCCCUCCAGAGCGAUCCCACCUUGCAUGGUGCGCCUUCCUGCACAGGACUGGAAGACAGAAGUUUUUUAUGGCCAUAUUUUAUACUGCAAUUCUGAAGUGUUCAUUUCUCACAAACUGUACUGACUCAAAGGGAGCUUGACGUCACAGGAUCUGGUGCUGUACAUACGAAUCUUGCAGAAGCUCUGACGAAAUGGACCUCCCGCGUCCUCUCCCCCAAGCCCCGUCGUUUCCGCUCUUCUCGGUAUGGGUAACCGUCUCUGUUGUAUUUUUUUCUUUCAUGACAAAAAAAAAAAAAAAAAAAAAAAAAAAAAAAAGGUUUUAACUGGAUUAUUUAAGUAUCGGUAAAUAUUGUGCAUUUAGGGUUUUAUUUUUUACCUUUUAUGAAAUGCUCCCUUCUGAUCUAUACUUCUGAGUCCCAGGACCUGUAUCUUUUGCUUGUCCGUGAUAGAGUUUUAUGUUAACCUUCAAGAGAUGUUUUUCGUUGUUUUUCCCCCCCACCAAGGGGAAUGUAAAGGUAUUUUUUAAAAUUCUAAUAAGAGGAUCAAGAAUCUCUCUCCAAGGUCAAGAGUGCACUUUACUUCUAUUUCUCCUCUCUCCCCACUUCCCUGGAGGGGCAGCUCUCUGAGAAGACAACUCUGCAGAUCCUCGGGGUGUCGUCUCCAGGGACACCUUGGGCAGGGGUGAGGGGGGAUGGAAUCUGCAGAAAACCUUUUCCAGCACCCCACCCUCCAGCCUACCUGUGGCCGUCCGGAGACCCCAGGGGCCUUCACUGUCAGCAGUCAGAAAUAAAGAAGCCUGUUCUCCUCCCAAGACUAAAGCUACACCUGAGAGGCUCCUUACGCUGUGAAGGAGAUGCCCAGCAAAGACGAAGCGCCUCCCUUCCACAAGGAACCAGUGGCCAUUUUGUCCAACGGGAACUCCCCGCCCGGCUCCCAUUUCUCACGAGGGUAACACAGAAAGCUCCACUCUCAGCUAUGCAGUUUUCGAGUUAAUCUCUGUUUUU